AGCACGACCAUGAAUGUACCCGCACUUGCCUCUUGCUUGCCACAGCCGCCCAUCCACGCAUAGGUUCGACCCAAACCUCUCACGCGGUAAACCCUCGUAAAAAUCACUCGCUAUCCAUUGUCACCCGCUAUGCCCAAGUGCGCGAACCCGCUCUUCCUGCGAUGGGUGAAAGCCUUCCACGACGAGAAGGACUACCGAAAGCGCGGCGGCCCCCCACGCGCGACGGGCUACGAAAACGCGAUUCGUGCGCUCGAGGUGUGCACGCAGAGGUUUGAGCACCCUGUCGACAUGCGCGGGAAGGUCACCGGUGUGGGCCCGACGACGAUCGAGAGGCUAACAGAGAAGCUGGAGGAGUACUGUGACAGGAAGGGUUUGCCUAUGCCAGAGCCGGCACCGAAACCUGUUCGCGGCCGUAAAGCAGCGGCUGCCAAACCUAAGGCCCCUUCCAAAGCUAAAGCCGAGAAGAAAGUCGACACAGACGACGAAGACUUCGCGCCUGCCUCGGGUUCGACAAAGAGGAAACGGGCACCGCGCAAGGCAGCCGCGCCGAAGCCGAAGGUCAAGGCCGAAGAAGACGAUGAGCACGACUCCGACUCCGACUUCGAGGACGACGUGAUAGUGGUUUCGCCGCCGCCCAAGAAGCGUGCUAGGCGGACGUCGAAGAAGGCGCAGCCCGACGUCGAAAUUGAGAUUCGCGAGGUCGACUCGGAUUAUUGAAUCCCACUUACUGCGUAAUCCCCUUGCAGGAGGUGGUGUUGUUUUCUUCUAGAUGCUUCAUGUACCAAACAGUCUCGUAUCUGAGUAGUUGCCGUUCGUAUAUUUGCAGAUGUGCAUAUUGGUCCGGUGCUUGUCAUGUACCUCACAAACGAUCUCUAAAACCAUCCCGAUCUGC